AUGGAUCCUUUUGUUCGUCAAAGAAGAAGUUCUGGAGGAGGUGACCUGAGUGUCGCCGCUGGAACUUCUGAACCCGAUUAUCAGGCAGCCUUGAGCCAGGAGGAUGUGGAGCAGACUUCUGCAUCUGUAUGCUUUGGAGAGAUGUCUCCAGGGACGCUUGAGCAAGGUGGGCUUUCUGCAGGAUCGCCUCAGGCAGCGUUUGGAGGAACUACUUCUUUGGGCGCGUCGGGGGAGGCAGAGCUCAAUACCACUCUGCCGGUAGCGAGCCCCUUUCAUUCUGAGAGGGUGAGAUCCGAGGUGGAAUUGCUUAGAUCUAGGCCAGCUACGCUUGAUGAUGACGGAAGGCGUGCAGGAAUAGAUAUUGAUGAGGCGGCUCUGGGGGACAGGAGUUUCGUUGGCACUGGAAGGGAACCGGACUAUGCCUUAGCUGGACAGGGGUUUCGUGGAGAGGCUCCUAGGCUGGCCAGGGUGGAGAUGGCUCUGGAACCAUCGGUGCAAGCAUCAACCACUGCUGAAGAACAAAAACUCAGCACGGAAGUGCCGGAUGAUGGGCGUGGCUGGGAGGCUACAGGAAAGGGUCGCGGAACCAAUCCCGUGGACAGGGCUGGAUCUGCAAUCGCGACUGCUGGUGUGCAGCCUGAAGCUUCGGACACUCGUGAACUCAUUCCGGACUCUGGUCCUUCAAGAAUAGAGCAGAUGAUGCUACAGAUGAUGCAGGAGAAUGCGGUUCUGAGGCAAAGACUUGAGGCAGUGGAGUCUCAGUCGAGUGGCCUGAGCGGAGGAACUUGCGUGACGGCGUUGGAGACCCAAGCUAACUCCCCGAUGUCAUUUGCGGGAAAUGUACAAAGCUGUGCAGCUGUGCAGUGUGAGAAUCAGAUUGCGCAGAUACCAAGGGUGUUUCCGGGUAACGAUUUCCAAGGAGGUAGCGCGGAAAGGGCCUAUUUGUUGUCACGAUUGGUUCAGCCAGAUGCUUGCCGAUCCUAUAAGGAGGCCAUCGCCGGCCUUAGGCCGGUCUUGCCAGAAGGUGAGUCUCCUAGCGCCAAGAGUCCCCCUGGGCCGAAGAAGCCCGAAGCGAAGCCCAAGCCUAAGUCCCAGCCUCAAGCUAAAGGCAUAACGGAGGAAGCACCUUCUGGAACUGCCGGCACCCGGAAUUCAGAGAGCUCCGGAACCUCAAUCUCUCCGGGCUCCAAGGAAGCCUUGUUUGCUGAAGCGGCCAAGCUUCUACAGGGAGCUAGCGCAAAGGUGUUGAGGGUAGGUGACUGGAGUAUUGAUGAGGCUUGGCUCUGUAGUGCUAUGAAUGCGUCGAGCGCCGAGUAUGCUUUGAUUGAUUCUGGUGCUACCAAUGCCUUGAGGUAUGCAGGGGUGGAUGAGCUUCGGGAUGCGAAGUCCAUACGGGUGGAUUUGGCCUCUGGUGUUACCGAAUUGCAUGUGAACGAGUUCGGUACAUUGCUUAGUCCUGUAGACUGUCAGCUCAUUUUGCCUGCCGGGUACUUAGUUUCUAUGGGAUAUCGUAUUUCAUGGGGUAAGAAGGGUUGUAAGAUCCGCCACUCCAAGUUUGGCGAGCUGGAUGUGUCAGUGGUGAAAGGCUGCCCCCUGGUUCCAAAGGAGUUGGGGAUGAAGCUACUCGUUCAGUAUGAGAAGUUCAGGGCUGGUGCUUGUUCGGUCAAGGGUUUGCGGUGUUUGGAGGCCUCUCAGUUCAUCCUUUUGAAGAGUGUAUUUCCGGAAGCCUCGGAUUCGGUCUUGGAAGGGGUUGUAGUGGGCCCUGAGGGGGAGUACUUCUUCGGAUUGGGGCUACUGGGGCUAAGUGGAGAGGGAGGGAUUGUGGUUGCCACUGAGGGUUUCGGUCUCAAUGUUGGUGAUGGUCUGGAGGGUCUUUCUGGGGAUAAGAAAGAUGCUGCGGUCCGGGCACAAGUAUCCUGGUACAGGAUGUGCUUGGUGUACAUGGUUGCACAGGCAGCUGCGGAUUUGAUUGACAGUGAAGCUCAAGGGGUCUCGAGUUCGGCAACUGAGUGUGAUUUGAAGCCUGAUGAGCCCCCAGUGGGUCUCGAUGAUCCUCGUGAAAUAGCACUAUGGGCUUUGCGGCAGGCAGCCGUCAAGCUUCAAAUGCCUGCUGAGUGUGAUGUCAGUGAACUCCAAAAGGGAUCUGCUGAUUCCAAGGGGGAGCAGGAUGUUAAGGGUGGGCUAGUUAAGUGCGGGGAAGUUGAGAGGCUUCGUGAGGUUUAUGGAUUGCACAAGGCCCUGAAGGUUCCAGAGUAUGUUCCAAUUACCACCCUUUACUCUUUGAGUGUGGACAUUGCUGGGCCGUUCAAGGAUGGUCGCAGUUUCGAUCCCAUUUCUUCCGGAAGGGACCGGGGUCGGGGGUACAGGUACUUUGUGGCUGCAGCCUAUUCGAUUCCUUUGAAUGCGGAGUUGAGACCUGCUUUGCAUCAUCCGGAAGAUUUGGGGGACUAUAGCCCUUCGGAGUGUGAGCCGGAAGCUGAUACUGCAGUGCCUACAGUUGCUGAGAUUUCGGAGGACUGUGAUGAGAUGUUGAAUCGGUUUGAUCAGUGGUCUGUAGGUGAUGCCGUGGGUGCCGCUACGGAGUCCAAGGUUGUUACGAAGACACUCUUUCUGGGAAUUCCCCUACGGUCUAAGGGCGGUAAGGAGGAGUUGCGCACGCACCCAUUAAUCCAGUGGCUUCGUGAGCGGGGUGUGCAUGCUUCUUUUACAGCGGGGGAGGAUCCGGCUGGCAAUAAAGCAGAGCUAGCAGUGCAGCACUUGAAGCAGGAUGCCAGGAAACUCCUCCGUGUGGCAUCACUUCCUGUCGAGUUUUGGCCCUUUGCUAUCCUUCAUGCCUCGCAACGAAACUUUGUGCAGUUAGCUGAGGUGUUAGGUGUAGGCCAAUCGGUCUUGUUACCCUUUGGAAGUGAGUUGCAGGCUAGGAAGCGGCUUAAAACGGGUCAUAAGAAGCAUUGGGAGGCAAGGACUGUUCCGGGUAAGUACCUCGGCGUUGCCACUGAUUGUGCUGGUGGACAUCUGGUUUUAGUGCAGGAUGGUUCUGAGCAGAAGGUGCUUCUCACAAACACUGUGUAUCCGAUUGAUGUGGCAACGGUCCCUAAGCCGAAGCACCGGUUGAUCACCAAGCGCUCGCCGGGCUUUGCGGUUCGUGCUGAUUGCUUUGAAAAUUGCCAUGUGAAUGGUGCGGCAGUGAAGAUCCUUGCUGGUGAUCUUGGCAUUUGGUUGGAAGAUAAGCUUAAUGGAUCGGUGGGUGUUGGUUGCUUUUGCUCCCCGGGGUGCAUGGAAGAUUAUGAUGGCGAAACUCCUUUUGACAUGACCUUUGAGGUUGCCUGGGAAGUUGAGUUUCCAUGUGAGGUAGCCGAUGAGCUGAUUCAGACUUUGAGGACGAUUAGCCUGGCUGAGGCAAGAGGAGAAUUGGCCUUGUGGGUUCCCUCAGCUACGGAAGAAGUGGUUUCCUUGGAGGUCCCUGGAAAAGCGGUGCUUACCCGAAAAGCAGGGAUCAGCGAUGACUCACUUUGGUUCAUUGUCAAGCGCGAGGUUGCCGAGGGCGACAAGGAGCGCUGGCAUGGAAUCUUGAUCAUUUACGUUGACGACUUGUUGGGGUUUGCAAUGUCACCGAUUCUCCAGGUGUUGUUCGAUGAGAUCCAGAAGCUGUGGAAGUUAUCCGAUCCGGAGUGGAUUCGGAAGGAGGCUGCCACAAAGUUUUGUGGACUUGAAAUUCAAGCUUUGGAGGGUGGAGGAUAUCGUAUAUCACAACAUUCCUACUUGCACGAGCUUUUUACGAGGUACAGCAUUACCAGCAGCGUCAGUGCACCUUUGACUCAGUGGAGUGAUCCGGAGGAUGAACACCCGGUGCAGUUGGAAACGAUCCGUGAGGCUCAAGCUAUGACGGGUGCGCUCCUCUGGGCGUCGUCAAAAAGCCGCCCUGACAUUGCCUUCGCGGUGAGUAAGUUGGGACAGUAUGCGGUUAAG